AUGGAAGAGACUUUAAAUAAAAAUCAAAAUAAAAAAUACAAACAGAAACAAACGACCUCCUUAGCUGAGACGGCGAAAGCUGAAGCACUAAGGGGGGCGAAACAGAUAGUGAGUGGUAAAGCCGAGGAGAAGCCAUUGAAGCUAGAUAGGCCGCUGAAAGCCGGGGUACCUACCGGAACCCCAGCCCAGGUGACUGAACUAGAGACGAUGGAGCCUCCGACAGCUAGACCCUCCACAAGCAAACCGAUGACGGCGGCGAGUGGGACAACACCUGUUGAACCCUCAAAGCAGAUCAUAGAUCCCGGCUGGGAGAUCAGGUGCAAACCAAGAGGGAAGCCUGCCCAGACUGAAGAAAACGCACCACUGCGGAAGAAAGUCUCGCAGAGGCAGAGGCAGCGGCUCCAAAAGCGCAGAGAGGCAAACAGCCGCACCUCUGAGAACAAGCAGGAGGUUGACGCCCAGAAGGGACAGGGUGAGGGAGUGACGACCACUGCAGAACAAAACCAGGCAAAGAAACCGGAGGGAAAAGCCAAGAGGGCGCGCCUGGAUGAAACCAUAUCCCCCAGAGGCGACUACAAAAAACGCAGGACAGACGCCAUGGGGAAUGAGAUACAACCCUCCUCCUACGCAGCGGCGGCAGCGACGGACCUGACGGUUGCGAUCACCAACGACCGCACGGGCAGGCUGACGCAGCAGGACGCUGAAACGGUGCAGAGGAAGAUCGGGGACGCCAUCUUCCAGGCGGCCAUAGAGACCGAUCUGGAUACCGUAGCGGAGGCCCCAGCGUUCUCGGGUAGACCCAGUUUUGUGGAUGGGUACCUGAAGCUGUGGUGCCAGGACGCAAAAACCAAAGAGUGGCUGAUGAAGUGGCUGGAGUCGGCCACCCUCGAGAACGGAGACCGUCUAGUCGGGAAGAGGGAGGACGAGAUGGUCCGUAACACAAGGUGCGGUAUUUUGAUCCCGGCCCUGGAAGAAAACCUUACCAAGGUGGGAAGGGUCCUAAACUUCCAGAACCCGUGGGCCAUGGUGAGAAAGUGGACUCUCAACCAGGCGAUCCCCCUUAAGAAGAGAUCCUGCACCCUACUCCUUGUGGGAAUACCUGAGGACGUCGUUCCUACUGUGAUGGAAAAAGGGAGGAGACUGAACUACUUAUGUGGGACAGUCUACAUCCGUUUCCAGCACGGCGGAGGGCGCUUCAGGGAUUCUCCACCGGAGAAAAACACAACAGAGGAGAACAUAAACAAAGGGGAGGACAAGACCGCGGAAAAAACAUCCACACCCGAUACCCCCUCUGCUAUGGACACGGACAGCGCGGAAAAACAAGAAGACUUUGACCUCGAGGAAGGCAUAUUGCUGGACUCUGAGGACGAAGACGGGCUACCUAAGGGGAUAAGUCUCCUGGACCUGAAGGGAAAAGCGGCAGAAGGGACACCCUCCGAUGGCGCCUUCCCACUGUAA